AUGGUUAUUCUGCGGAUUACCCGUGUUCCUCUUGGAAGAGCGUUUUCAACAUCUUCACUACUUUUUUCUUCUGUGAAUGUGGAGAAGAGCUCAGUUCCACAAAUUAUCGCAAAAGGAGGGCGCCCAGAGGUAUUUCAGAUAGAUGGAAAAUCCAUAGCUACUGACGACAUGUGGAACCUAAACCCUGCCAUUCACGGUCUCCUCAACCGUCGUUUGCUGUUGGAGCCAUACAAUCCACUGUCGUUGCUCAAACAAAGAAUAGUUGACCACAUGCACCAAACCUAUAGGAAAUCAGGUGGAGAAAAUAGGAGUCCUUUAUUUACUGUUUGUGAGAAUGAGCCGAGAAUUGUGACUACUUUCGAGAACUUCGAUUCGCUCCUGACUCCACCUGACCAUGUCUCUAGAAGACCUUCGGACACUUACUAUGUUAGUAAGUCGUACUGUCUCCGCGCACAUACAUCUGCCCAUCAAUAUCAACUUCUGAAAGAAGGUCUUAAUACAUUCCUCGUUUUGGGGGAUGUGUACCGUCGCGACGAAAUCGAUCGGACACAUUACCCAUGUUUUCACCAGCUUGAGGGCGUUAGAACCUUUUCUUCUAAACAACUUUUCAACCCUCCACUUGGAUCAGAAAUACCCAUUCUCGAAAACGGAGAGCGAACCCCUGAAAAACAGGAAAGACACACUUACGAUGCAGCAAAGGCGCUAGAGAUCCAACUUAAGACUACACUCGAGGGUCUUAGUGAUGCCUUAUUUGGAAGUGAUUGCGAAAAGCGUUGGGUUGAAGCAUACUUCCCCUUCACUCAUCCUUCUUUUGAGUUGGAGGUGCUUUACGAAGGGAAAUGGAUGGAAGUAUUAGGAUGUGGCAUUAUGGAACAAAAACUAUUAGAAUCGGCUGGUGUUCGAGAUAUGGUCGGAUGGGCAUUUGGUCUCGGACUUGAACGUAUAGCGAUGAUACUAUAUGGAAUUCCAGAUAUCCGGCUUUUUUGGUCCACAGAUUCCGGGUUCUUAUCACAGUUUCAAGGUAAAUCUCCAACAGACGAUUUCAAAUACAAGGCAAUCAGUGUACAUCCUCAGGUCUUGUUCGACAUGUCUUUCUUCUUGCCAGAUGGUGUGAUUUUCAACGACAUGACGUCGAAUGUCAACGAUACCGUACGUAACGUUGGAGGCGAUUUGGUGGAGCAGGUGAAACUCACUGACGAAUUUACGAACAAGAAGAAUCGCCGCAGUCAAACGUACAGGAUUGUCUACAGAAGUCACUCCAAAGCUCUGACCAAGGAUGAAGUAAAUGUUGUACAUAAGCAGAUCACUGACGAACUUGUAGCACUUUACGGUGUCACCAUGCGAUAG